AUGAAUUUGAUGGAUAUUGCUCUUUUUAUAAUCAUAGUGAGUAGCUUGAUAGGAACAUUAUUUUAUAUAAAAGAUCACAGUCCUGGAAAAUAAAAAUCAAAAGUUGGAUUAGGGUGUUCUAGUUUAUUUAUAUUGUAUAUCCUCAUCAAAGAAAUUAGUUAGUCAAAUUGUAUUGAGUAUCUUAUUUUAUGUAGUCGUUAUCAUAGGAUUAACUAUAUUAUUGCUUGGGAAAUUUUAUUAUACUGCUAAAAAUUCAUUCUAAUUAUAUUUCAAUAACUAAAGAUUAAAUUCAGAAUAAUCAGAACAUGGAAUUAAAGUUAAUGAACCAGAUCAUGAAUUACCUGCUUAUUUACCUCCAAUAAUGUCUGAAAAUGAAUCUAGAUGUUCAAGUAAAUAGAGUUAACCAGAAUAAAAUACAACUAUUAGAGCAAAAUAAGGAUAAUAGUCGUUUUAAUUUGGAAGAUAACAAUAGUAGAAAGACGUUUAGAAAAUUGGUUUAUAAUUAAGUUUUUUGGGGGAAUUUAAACAAUCUAAUUUUUAGAAGAGUUAACUUGGAUUGAAUUCAAUUAAACAAAGUUAUAUGCAAGUUCAUCCAAUUAAUUGUAGUGUUUAUUUCUAGUAUUUUAGAAACUGUAAAUUUAGUAAAAUACCAAGAAGAUGGAGAAAUUAAAAUAGGUAUUUUGAAAACCAUAAAAUCUCUUACUUAUGAUCUUGCUGAAAAAGAAUUAGAGCAAUUAUAAAAAGAACCUGUAAUAUCUAAAGCAGAUUAUCCUAAAAUUUAAAUUUUAUAUGAAAGUAGUUAACCAGAGAUUUAAAGUUAAAAUAAUGAAUUAUAAAGCAGGUAAAGUAAAUAAAGUAAUAACAAUUUACUUUUACAAUAAGGACCAUUUAAAGAAGUUAAAACAGAAUAAUCAAUUCUAUAAUAAUAAUAUAAACCUAGUUUUCAAAAAAAAAUAAGUUGGAUGAAAAUAUUAAAAUAGUUGAUAGUUCUGAUUGUUUUUUCUCUAAGUGUUACUCAGUUUCCAUAAUAAGAUCUUAAGUCUCAUAUUUUAAUGCUUCUCUAUAUAAUUGGAUUAACUUUUUAUUAGAUAUCAAUUUUUUCAUUAUUUUUUGCAUAAGGACUGGAAAUCAGUACUCAAAUAAGAGAAAUUGUUGCAUGGUCGUUAUUAAUUUUAUUACCUACAACUUUAACUAUAUUAGUUAUACAAUUUGAAGUGAAUUGUUUACAAUUUAUGGCUUGGUUAUCUAUCUUAAUUGCAAGCUAAAAAAUAAAAUACGCAUCAAGGUAUAAUUUAAUUAAAUUAAAUAGAAAUCCCGCUCUCUUUAAUCCAUUUAUAAUUAUAUUAUGUCUAAGUGCAAUAUUUUGCUGA